UUUGAGCUGCUUCUUAUGAUUAUUGAGUAUUAGCUAUAUGGGAUUUAUGGGUCUUAUUGCCCUUGUCAAGUUGAUGCAUAGAUUGAAAACUUGGAGGGCUUUUUAUGUUUAGGAGGAUUCAACUUGUCUUUGCAUUUUCAAGAAUUUGUUAACUGAGGGUCAAGACAGUUAAGCUUUUCAGUUUUCCCUUUGUGAUGUUGGGUUUGAUUAGGGUUUAUCUAAAUAUCUGGUAGAGCAACCUCAGAAUAUUUGGAGAGAAUUAUGGUUCAGACAUUAGAGUCCAUAAGGGGUGGUGGAGGUUCGAUUAAAGUUGGAACAACUGGUACGAUCAGUGCCCUCAUGUCAAGAGAAUUAGAUUCAAAACCAUCUGCUUCUACGACAUCUGUAUCACGUAGGUAUAGGUCUCCUACUGUUUGUUCAUUUGCUGCUGGUGAUGCAACCAGUCCUAAAAGAACAAAGCCAAGAACAUCAAUCGAUAAAGCUAGCUGCAGCUGGGCAUCUGAAGAUAAUAAAAAUGACUCCGAGAUAGUCAGGAAGGUGAAGCACUACAACUGUAGAACUCCUCAAAUUCCAAUACUAGAAUCAGAAAACAUUUCAGUAGAUGGAACUCGUAUUAGGAAGAAACCUGAUAGAAAGGGACUGGCGUUAGUGGAAAUCGUGGACAUAAAAUGUGGUAGUUCGGGAAAAACACAUGCAAACCUUAUGAAGAAUAGUCUGAAGAAGAAUAGCUUCUCAAAACUUUCUGAGAGCCCUGUCUAGGCAUGUGAACCUUGUAAGUAGAUCAAGAAAUUGCUUUUGGGCGGAUCACAUUCUUGCAACUUCCACCACAGAACAGAUGCUGGUUAUGAGCUUACUGCUCCCAUUCUUUAUUUGUUUUAUGACCAACGAAACAAUCCAAGCUUUUGUCUCGAGUAACUGCUAGGUGAAGGCCUAUCUGCAAGUUGCCAAAGGUUGCUACACAGAUAAUCUUGAUGGUCAAUUUUCCAGCUCACUAAAGUUAAUAAUUUCUUGCAAGACGAGGUAUCCAAUUGUGCCUCUGUUGCCUAUUCAACUGUAGAAAUUCUUGCAGUCAUCUUCUUAGCAACAGUAAAUCGUAAGCUGUUAUGUCCUGUGUAAUGUUUGAAGAGAUGUCGUCCUGCCUGACAUGAGAAUUGGUCAGUUAGGUUCAAAUUCAAAGUGCUUUUACGCGAAUUCUUUACCAUAUCUUCUCAAUGUAAUCAACUGGAAAGUAAUGUAAUGGAAAAUUGAGCUGCCUGGCAAUCACCUUAUUCAUGUGUUGUUCAUAAAGUUGCUCAACUUUUAACUGCAUCUGCAUUCAGUUAACUUCAUUUCAACA